GCGUCAAGUGUUUUCGAAGCGGCGGACGUAGUUACCAUGCGCCGGAAGUGCAUUUAGUUUUCGCUGAUGUGUAACUUUUGCUUGAGUCCCUCGUUUCAUGUGUCAAUAAUACAGAUUUUCGAAUAUCGCUGGUCAGAUUUACAUGCACAAAAGCAACGAAUAUUCUCGCAUUAUAGUAAGAGCAGCCCUGGACCCUGGUAGUGAGUGAAAUGGCGCCCAAAGGAAAAGUUGGAACCAAAGGCAAGAAGCAAAUCUACGAGGAGAACAAGGCAACUCUAAAAUUCUACACCAGAGUCAUUCUAGGAGCAAAUACCGUGUAUGCAGUAGUAAAUCUUAUAUUCUGUGACGCCUCCUUUUGGACAUGGUUCCCGUUGUUGUUUGCGCUGUUGGUGUAUGUAGGCAGCUACAGAUCGAUGGCCACCAUGGCUAAACCAGCAUUCGGAGAGAACGGCUCUUUGUUGGACGGAGGAAUCGAUCUGAACAUGGAGCAGGGCAUGGCAGAACACCUUAAAGAUGUUAUCCUGCUCACAGCUAUAGUUCAGGUCCUCAGCACCCUCUCUUUCUAUUUCUGGUACCUAUGGCUUUUGGCACCGGCUCGAGCUGCACAGUUAUUGUGGACAAAUUUUCUAGGUCCCUGGUUUUCUGCUGAUUCUUCUGCACCUGCCGAGGAGGUUAACGAAAAGAAGCAGAAACGACAGGAAAGACGACAGAUGAAGAGAUUUUAGUUCUUUCUUUCUUUUAUUUUUAUCUGUUAUAGAAAUAAAGCAAUGUUUGUUUAUGCGA